AUGGCUUCAACAGGAGGACUCUCAAGACGCCGCGGAGCUGGCGGAGCCGCCACAGAAGAUGGUGGCAUCGGUUCAACACACUCCUCAUCAGCCCCACUCUCAGCAGGCGGUAGACGCAACACAGACAGCAAAGUGGCAUCUGAUCCCAGGGAUUUGCAGAUGGAGGACGAGAAUAAGACUCAGCCCAAGCUGACUUUAAUGGAAGAAGUCUUGCUUUUAGGACUCAAGGACAAGCAGGGAUAUCUUUCAUUCUGGAACGACAACAUCUCUUAUACCCUUCGAGGCUGCAUUUUGAUGGAGCUCGCCUUCCGUAACCGUAUCGCCAUGGUCAAGGACCCCAACAGACGCAAAUACCCGCUCGCAGACCGCUACAUUGAAGCUAUCAGCGAGAAGCUGACUGGAGAGGUUCUCUUAGAUGAGGCGCUCAAGAUGAUCAGCUCGACAGAGGAGAGAAUGAGCGUUGGACAAUGGAUCGAUCUUAUGAGUGGUGAGACAUGGAACGUGAUGAAGAUUGGAUUCCAAUUGAAGCAGGUGCGCGAGCGACUUGCGAAGGGCUUGGUGGACAAGGGCGUACUCAGGACCGAGAAGCGCAACUUUUUGAUAUUUGACAUGGCAACACACCCCGUCACUGACUCGGCAGUCAAGGAGGAGGUUGUCAAGAGAGCAUGCACAACACUGAUCUCACGGUCGACUGGAUCAUCACCCACGCUGGCAGAGAAGAACUCGCCCAUCCAGUACCAGCAGCUCCGAACCGUCGCUAUGGUCUGUGCAGCUUAUGCUGCCAAUGUUCUCGAGAACGCGCUGAUGUAUUUGAACCACGAGAUGCGGGAGCGGGCAUUCAACAAGGUUGAGGAACUGUUGGGCGACUACAGCGACUAUCCCUUUGGCUCAAACGCGAGCAAGGACGAGAUUGUUGGCCGGGACUUGCAGAUGGAGAUCGUAGCUGCAGUGCUGAACGUAUUUACCAAAAUGGACAGUAUCCUCUGA